UUUUACUCUCCAAUAUAUCACAUCAGCGAGAUUCUAGCUUGCGCUUGCGCGCGUCAACGAACCUUUCGUCUCUCUUUUCAUCUGCUGAAAAACUCUCUAACCUCCUCUCGAAAGAGACCCGAUCGUAUCGCAGAAGGAAAGAAUUUUAGAAAGAGACAAUAGCGAGUGUUGAAUGGAAUAAAGCCUAAAAAUGCGAGAAAACGGUUGUUGUCCCAAGUUGUUGUUGGACCAGUCCGUCUAAUCGGCCAAUGCGGUUGGUCAAUUUCAACGGAACACAAAUCGACCGCCGAGGACAUCUCACGAGCUCAGCGCACAAACAGACACAUUAUCUCGAACGAGUUCGAUAGCUCGAGUUUCUUCUGAAAAUCCACACACAAGCGCUUUUAUCGACGGUGCUUUACGGUGCAACAACACCUCGUGGAAAUAUACGUUGAUCAACGUUUGACACAAACCACUACAUAGACGAGUUAAAACCAACAGAUAAAACAACAAAAAAAGUGACGCAGUUUUAGUCAAUUUUAAGUAUUUUUUUUUUUUCGUCUCCGUCGGUCUGUCCGUCUUUGCGUGUCGCGUAUUCGUAACGUUUCAUAUCAGGCGCCGUAUCAGCGAUCGCUGGAGGCAACGAGAUAGUGACGAAAGGUGGAAGAAAGUAAGCCUUGGCCAUCUUGGAGAGAAGACAUGUCAUUUUGGUAUAAACGUCAACGGCACAGUGUUUACCGCACGAUAGAUGCUCCCGCUCGAUCGUUGUAAUAACUUUGUGACACCUGACAAUUCUUGACGACGAGCAUCAUCGGACCACCGCACGAUACAGUUGACACGUACAUAUCAAAUACGCGGCGUAACUCCCAAGUGGCAGCGGCCCGUCGUACGUUAAUACUUGCAUCGCACGAUGAAUCGCGGUGACGGGCUGGUGCAACGACGACGUGUGGUCAACAGCGGCAGCAGCGGCAGCAACGGCAGCGGUCUCGGCCAGGAUGGCUCAAACUCCGAUCUCUCGGGUCACAACGACAAACUGUCCGGUCAGAGCCCAGACACAGAUUGCUCGUCCCAGAAGGAUCUCAAUUGUAAUUGCAACGUCGACGAGGAUUCCGACAAAGAAACACGUCUGACACUUAUGGAAGAAGUUCUGCUGCUCGGUUUAAAGGACAAAGAGGGAUACACAUCCUUCUGGAACGAUUGUAUAAGUUCGGGAUUGAGAGGAUGUAUCUUAGCAGAGCUUGGAUUCCGAGGUAGGGUCGAGUUGGAAAAAGCUGGUAUGCGCAAGAAGAAUUUGUUGGCAAGAAAGCUUCUCUUAAAAAACGACGCGCCUACUGGUGAUGUACUUUUAGAUGAAGCUUUAAAACAUUUGAAAGAUACAGAUCCACCCGAGACUGUAUCAAGUUGGAUAGAAUAUCUCAGUGGAGAAACAUGGAACCCCUUAAAAUUAAGGUAUCAGUUGAAAAACGUCAGAGAACGACUAGCAAAGAAUCUUGUCGAAAAAGGUGUCUUAACUACAGAAAAACAAAAUUUCCUACUGUUUGAUAUGACAACUCAUCCCCUCACUGAUAAUCUUGCCAAAAGUCGGCUCGUAAAGAAGAUUCAAGAAGCUGUAUUAGGACGCUGGGUGAAUGAUGCUGCUCGCAUGGAUAGAAGAACGUUAGCGUUAGUUAUUUUAGCUCAUGCAUCCGACGUAUUAGAAAAUGCAUUUGCGCCAUUAUCGGACGACGAUUACGAGGUAGCAAUGCGAAGAGUACGAACGUUAUUAGAGCUCGAUUACGAGGCGGAAGCUGCUAAACGUAAUGCCAACCCAGUACUUUGGGCUGUAUUCGCUGCAUUCACCAAGUAACAUACAUUUUAUAAAUUAUACGGAUACGGAAUAAAUGUUGGAUACUAGUGUGAAUAAUAAAAUUACAAAUUUUGCA